AUGGCGUUGCUCAUUUCCAACCCAGAUGAUUUUCCUAAUAUUCUCAAAGGAAGGCGUGUUCUGCUGACUACAGAGUCUCUGGGGCCCGUUAAUGGCGUUAGUCGGACAACGUUGAGCUUGGUGGAGUACCUCCGGCGCAACGGUGUCGAUCUGGCUGUAGUUGCACCGCAUUAUCAAGGCUUCCGCCACCAGGCACGGGAUGCAGCAGAUUCACGGAUACCAGGAUAUCCCCUGCCAUACAAUCCGGACCUGACGAUAGUGUACCCUUUUCGCUUGGACACUGUCUACAAACAAACCUUCCAGCCAGAUAUCAUCUACGUCGCCAGUCCAGCAUCUCUGGGGUUCCAAGUCCUGCUACAAACCCGCCAACUUCGGAAACCACCUACGGUGCUACUCAACUACCAAACAGAUCUCUCAGCCUACAGUGAAAUAAUUUUUCCGGCACCUCUUGACAGAUUCGCAGUUUGGCUCUUGGCCACAGUGCAAGGGUUCCUGUUCAGUCAUUCAGCUGUCCACACCAUCUUCUAUCCUUGUUCGGCAGUACUGAACUACCUAAAAGAUGCUGGAGCUCCUGCCGAGCGCACUGUACGAUUAGGGCGUGGCGUUGAUACCUUGUUGUUUAACCCCGCGCACCGUGACAAUGCCUGCCGAACAAAGAUUGCCCCGAAUGGCGAGAUCAUUCUCGUUUGCGUAUGUCGCCUUGCUCCAGAGAAGGGGUUCGAGUUCCUGGCGCAGGCGACAGUCAAGCUUGCUGAACAAAAGGUUCCAUUCAAGCUGCUGAUCAUCGGAGGGAAUCGCAACCCGGUCGUUGAAAGCCGGAUCCACCGUCUUUUCGACGCGGUCAGAGAGCAUGUCAUCUUCACCGGGUUCCUGACCGGCCAGCCCCUAGCUCGCGCCUACGCCUCAGGCGAUAUCUUCCUCCAUUGCUCGAUCACUGAAACCUUCGGGCUGGUUGUGCUGGAGGCAAUGGCCAGUGGGGUACCCGUUAUCGCCAGAGACCAAGGAGGCCCGUCGGAUAUUGUACAACAUCAAAAGACGGGAUAUCUGGUUCCUCCAAAUGACAUACACAACUUUGUCGGCCUAGUACGAGAGGUUUCUAUUGAUAGCCAGCUGCGGUCUACCCUAGCCACCUCUGCCCGGAGGUAUGCAGAAGAGACAACGUGGGAGAAGAUCAAUAAUCGUGUGGCUUGGCAGAUGGCAAGCGCGCUCGAGCAACGUUCAGCCGAAGAAAGCCUGGGUAGUUCUGAUGAACCUGUCGUGGCCAACUUCAUGUUGCCUAUCUUGGAAAAGCUGCGCCUAACUCUCGCUGUUGGACUUGUGUACUUCAUGUGGUUGGUUGCUGUGGUUCCUUUGAUUAUUCACGGACAACGGAUCGUCCCCAGAGCUUUGGAAUUGGUGCAUACAGUGCCGUUAAUUGGGAGGUGUAUACGGUAUCGCUCUGGGUAA